GUGUACCACAGACAGUUCUGAGAAGUAACCUCGCAUAUGUAAUGAACAGAAGUUAAUGAAAAGUAGAAAAACUCUGCAUAAAGUGAAAAAUGAAGAUCUUGCCCAUGUAUUGAAAGAGUGGAUUUGUCAGUGUCGGAGAGAACAUGUGCUGCUUAAUGAGUACAAGAGGAAACAUCUGUGUGCCAGUAAAGUGAGAUAUUUAUGGAAGAAGCAUGAAAGGUGGUCACGAACAGGGAAGGUACGAAGAUAUAAAGCUGACCGAGUCUAAUAAAUCAUGGAAGGUGUCUAGAUUGAAGGAAAUCAACAAGAGAUCCAACAGUGGAAGGUUAGGAAAAAUGGCUUUCUUUCAUUACUUGGAAAGAGUGGAAACUAUGAGGAAUUUCUGGGAAGAAAAAACCAGUGAACCAGAUGGCAACAUGGAGGACGAUGAUGUGAAGGAUCACAGAGCCAAUGAGGUGAAAGAAAAGCAAGCUGUAAAUGCUAAAGAAAUAAAGUCAACUCCGAAAAACAAAUGCCCAGAAUUCACAGUAGAGAAAAUUCAGAAGAAUCUCCAUACUUCCGGUGAUUCAAAAGUCCAGAAUUUAAAUAAAGAAAAUGCUCACAGCUCAAGUGCCUUUGAAGCUCAGCAUAAAGUCAAAGAUCUGGCGGAGCAGAACAAUGUAACUAAAUUAAAAGGAGACACAUCGAAGGAAGAUGCUGGAGACUUUGAACUCCAGCCUAGUAGGCUGGUAGAGGGCACUCCCUCAGAUGUUACUCCAGAGUUUCCUGAUGCCACUUUGGACAUUAAUGCCGGUGAUGAAACCAAAUGUGAAGAUCCUGCUGCAGAAGAACAAUUUGAAAUAAAGGUUGUAGAAGCCUCUGACACUAUAUUGAACCAGUCGAGUAGCGACAGGCAAAAUGAUGGUUGGACGGAAAGGAACAAGGAAAUGCAUGAGAAGAUAAAAAAUGUUGAAAUACAGGGGAAAAUACAAGCAGAGAAGGAUAGUAAUGAAUAUCUUGUAAAGGAAGCAGUGCCCAUAGGAGGAGAGGACUAUCUAAUAGAGAAGGAGAAUGAGGAAACAGGCCAAAAGCAUUUAAAAGCUGAAGAAACAAAUGAUGCAGAAAAGGACACAGGACUUGAAAGCACUGACUCAGCUAUGACAAUCACUAAGGAAUCCAAAGAAAAAAAUUGCACAGAAGAAUCGAGCAUUGAUCAGCAACCAGUUCUACUUCACAGAUGCGGAGAGAGUGAAAGGGAAGUCAGUUCUUUACUACCAGCAGCAGCAGAACCUGAAGCAGAGAUAUCUGAAAAUAUUGAACAACAGAAAGACAAGGUUCUGAGCACUUCCAGCAAAAGGGGAACCAGGGAAGACCUGGUGAACGAUGACAGCAAAAAGAGCAGAGUGGAGGAAAAAGACUGCAGCAAGGAGAGCACAUCAGAGCUUACCCUACAUCAAGAUACAACAACGUCUGCUGCCAAACAGCAAGAAACUAAUCAGGUGGUACAAAAAACUGAAGAGAGAGCCCACAUCGUGAUUGAUGAUGGUCCUGCUCCACCUGCUCCAUUUGAACAUCGGAUUGUCUCAACGAAUGUAGCACAGCUCAGCAAUUACUAUACAAUACAGAAAUCUCAAGUCCUCGGAGGGGGACGAUUUGGACAAGUACACAAAUGUAUUGAAAAGGCUACAGGCCUCACCUUAGCAGCCAAAAUUAUUAAAACUAGAGCAGCAAAGCAGAAGGAGGAAGUUAAGAAUGAGAUCCAAGUCAUGAAUCAGCUGAAUCAUACAAAUCUCAUCCAGCUGUAUGAUGCUUUUGAAACAAAGAAUGAUAUCAUUCUGAUCAUGGAAUAUAUUGAAGGCGGUGAACUAUUUGACAGGAUCAUAGAUGAAAACUACAAUUUAACCGAAAUGGACACAAUCUUAUUUGUAAAGCAGAUUUGUGAAGGACUUCAAUAUAUGCACCAGAUGUACAUCCUUCACCUGGACCUAAAGCCUGAGAACAUUUUGUGCGUUAACCGGGAAGCUAAUCAAGUAAAGAUAAUCGACUUUGGCUUGGCAAGAAGAUACAAACCAAGAGAAAAACUAAAAAUAAAUUUUGGAACUCCAGAAUUUCUUGCACCUGAAGUUGUGAAUUAUGACUUUGUAUCAUUUCCUACUGAUAUGUGGAGUCUUGGAGUAAUUGCCUAUAUGUUGCUCAGUGGACUUUCUCCAUUCCUUGGGGAAGAUGACAAUGAAACCCUAAAUAACAUUCUUGCCUGUAAGUGGGACUUGGAUGAUGAAGAAUUUGAAAACGUUUCUGAAGACGCCAAAGAAUUCAUAUCAAAACUUCUCAUCAAAGAAAAGGGUGCAAGAAUAAGUGCAGCCCAGUGUCUAAAACAGCCCUGGCUAAAUAACAUUGCAGAGAAAGCUAAACAAUGUAAGGUUCGUCUCAAGUCCCAGAUCCUUCUUCAGAAAUACAUGGUGCGGCGGCUGUGGAAGAAGAAUUACUAUGCAGUAACUGCUGCAAAUCGAUUGAAGAAACUCAGUGAUUCUGGGGCUUUGGGCCCUGCUGAAGUAUGAGCUGCCACUGACUGGACCUACUGCACCUCCCCUUUUCAGUCAGGACAUCACCCACUGGAUUUGCCUCAACCUUGCUGAACCACAUUUAGUUAUCCUUUCAGUAGAGCAGUUUAGAAUUAGAAGUAUGUGUUUGGGUAAAAGUAAUAUGAUUCAUGAAAACUUACGGGCAUCAUUUUGAUUUAUUAAUUCUUCUACCACAAGAGUGGCAGUAUGGUUUGAUUGUAGUUAUUUUAGUAAAACUCAUUAUAUUAAUUUUGCUGCAAUUUUUAUGCAAUUGAGCUUUCAUUUGUUAAUGAUGUGUAAUUAUCAUUUUAAGACAUCCCAAAACUAAGGGUUAGGGACAGCAAAUGCCCCCAACACUGCUAGUUUUCAUAUCCUUUGCAAUCAAAUGCCAGGUUGGAGAAACUGAAUUAAAUAAGGUAAUUCAGAUUUUUAAAUGUUUUUGUCUUAAAUCGCUGCAGAUCUAAAAUGAAACUUCAGUCAAAAGAAUGUAAGAGAAACUUUUUAAAAGUAUAUUUACAAAGGUCUAAUUGGUUCUGAUUUGGCACAGAACCUCUGCCUGUACUUGAACCUAAUAACACUGGUGUACUGCCACCCUCAUGUGGCAUCUCUUUAGUUUCAACUUUUACAGAUUUACAGCUCCUUGAACUGGACAUUUUACAGAUACCUCUGGGUGCUCAAGCUCAUUACCAGAGAGUUGAAUGGAACAUUGUGAUUUUUUAACUUGUUGCUUUACGAUUAUUUUGCCUCAGUUUUACUGUGACAUUGGCAUCGCAACAAGUUGCCAAACACCCAGUGUAAUUUGUUGUCUUGUUUUAUUGAGUUUUUGCAUUGCUUUGGCCUGUUAUGACCCGUAUUUAACCCUUACAUACUGUUCAUAUUCUAUACCUUCACGGUAUGGUCUGGGUCAAUUUUGACCCGGCCCAAGAAUCCCCUCAUAACAGGUGUCUAUACCAAAUUUUGAACCACACAUCUAUUUAGAAUGUAUAAAUAGCCUAUCUGACAUUAAAAAAUGGGUGAUUAAUCCUUAAUUAAUGUUUCAGAGAUGUAAAAUCCAUUUCGAUAAACGGCCUCAAUGUACAAAUAUUUGUAGCACCUGUACAAAAGUAUAACAUUUUUAAAUAUUUUCAUUUUUGCCCAGUUUGGGUCACUUUAGGAAAAGUCAUCAUAUUUCAGCUACAAAAAAAAAUGGCAUUUAGGGUGUUUUUACUGCUGUCAAAUGUCAAAAUGCGUCUAAUUUGACCCAAACAGUAUGUAAGAGUUAAACCUCAGAUUCUUGAAGUAAGUACCAACUUAAGACAGGCAAAUGCAAUGAUUGAAAAGACAAUUAAUUCAAACUUUUAAGUCUAUACUUUUGUCAUAGGCAGUCAAAGUUCAGUCUCUGUGUCAGAGUCCAGAAGUGUGAGAAACUGUUUUUGAUUUCUGCCAUCAGCCCACUCCCCAACACCUCCCCUCCCCUAGCCCCCAUGCCUCUCAGACAAAAGCAAGGGAGCGUAACAAAGCUCCAUUAACAUGAUUCUUAAAAGUGCACUAAGAGAUUGGAAUUCCAAACAAACCAAAUUUUCUACACUCUAACCACUGUGGAUUUUAAAUUUAGCUGAAGUUCUCUGCCUAGAUGCAAUCUAUGGGUGAAUAAUCAUGUUAAUUUACCUCAACAGAAGGAGGGGCUGUUCAUCAGACAGUACUUUCAGUUAUGCCUGAUCAUAAUUAGAAUUUUAAGAGGAAAGAGGAGUGCAGGGUAAUGCUGUAAUUUCCCUCUCAAAGAAAUUGCAAUUCUGUAUUAUUAUAAUUCCACUGAUGCUGAUAUUUGGCCAGAUUUGUCCACUAUUUGACAUUGGUUUUCUUUGUAGCAUGCCAUUGUUUUUCUGUUGGACAGUGGUACUGUUAACAUGCCGUACCCUGGAAAUCAUUACUCACAUUAAGUCUACUAAAGAGAGGCAGAGGUGACCCCAUGGAAAAUGAUCAGACAAUAGACAGUGAGAUAAUGAGACCAGACUCAGAGAACCUAAGGAAACCCCUGAAGAGAAAAGCCAAAGGCACAAGAAAUUGCAUUUAAUUUUGAACAAAAUGGGAUGCUAAAGCAUUUUUUAAAUUACCUUUUUUUGGGAUUGGAUAGCCAACAAAGCCAAUGUUUACAAACAAGAGAAAAUCUGCAGAUGCUGGAAAUCUGAGCAACACACACAAAAUGCUGAGUCCCUUCAGCAUUUUGUGUGUGUUGCAAGGCCAGUGUUUAUUGGUUAUCAUUAAUUGCUCUUAAUUUCCCUAUUUUGCUAGGCUAUUUCAGUGGACAUUUAAGAGUCAACCACACUAGUCAAGUCAGUUUUUUUUGUCAUUUUGACCAUAAACUGCUGGUACAGUACACAAUAAGAAUGAAACAAUGGUCCUCCAGGACCCUGGUGCUACAUGAAACAACACAAAACUACACGAGGCUAUGUGAGACAACUCAAGGCUACACUAGACUACAUAAAACAACAUAAAAACUACACUAGACUCAGACCUACACAGGACUACAUAAAGUGCACAAAACAGCGCAGGGGAGUACAAUAAUAAAUAAAUAAAUAAACAAACAAACAAACAAACAAGAUGAUAGGCACAGUAGAGGACAAAUUUCAAUAUAACAAUAAAUGGUGCAGAUGUCAGUCCAGGCUCUGGGUAUUGUGGAGUCUGAUGGCUUGGGGGAAGAAACUGUUGCACAGUCCGGUCGUGAGAGCUCAAAUGCUUCGGUACCUUUUACCAGACGGCAGGAGGGAGAAGAGUUUGUUUGAGGGGUGCGUGGGGUCCAUCACAAUGCUGUUAGCUUUACGGGUGCAGUGUGUGGUGUAAAUGUCCGUAAUGGCGGGAAGAGAGACCCCGAUGAUCUUCUCAGCUGACCUCACAAUCCGCUGCAGAGUCUUGUGAUCCGAGACGGUGCAAUUCCCAAACCAGACACACUAGAACUGGAGAUAAAUAUAGGACAGGCCAGAUAACGUUCUCCCCUGAAGAAUAUUAAUGAAUGGGAUGAAUUUAGUUUAAGAAAACAAACAUAACUAAUAAUGUCAAACUUAAUAAAACUUGUGGCCUUUAAAAAAAAAAUAGAUCUUGCAAUUCAAUUGUAUUUUUUACAGGAGAAGUUUUGGACAAUGUGGCAUUCAAAAGGUAUGGCAAGGUCAUAUUUCUGACAGGUUAAUUUAAGUGAAUUGUAUACCUAACUUGAUUACAUCACAGGUAACAACUAAGUUUAAAGACUUGCUUUCACAAGACAUUCUGUUACCCUCAAUUUGCAAAAGAAUUUAUGGUUCCUGUAUCAUAUUUUCUUUCUAAUUUAAACUGAAACAAGCAAAUUAAAUUGUAACAAUGUUUUCAAAGCUACUGAAACAUGAUACAUUGUUAGUGAAGAGCAAUUGGCUCAAAAUAUAAUAUUUCAAUGUUCCACUUAAUCUCACUGUGUUUUCACUGAGGAUUAUCUGAUUAUUUUUUGACUCUUGUAAGCCCUAUUGAGUGUGGACAUUAAUACAGUUGUUCAAAUAUUAUCAGCUUACAUUUUCCAAUUUACAACAUUUUUGAAAUUAUGAUAAUCAAAUUAAUAUUUGGCUGUUUAAGUCCUGAGCAAGUUAGCAAAGUUCAUAUAAAUUAUGAUCACCAGAAGCUAUUAAAUGUAUUUAUUUUAUAAGGUAAAGCAUGAUCUAUGCAUUAUGUAAGCUGUGCUAAAGUGACUGCUGUGGUUUAAGAUGAAUAUCUGCAUACAUUAGUAGUACAUUAGCAAAGUUAGAUUCAUAAUGUCUGUUCAAGAUGAGAAUCUCAGAGUGAACACUGCAUGUUUGUUCUACAAAUAUUGAACAUAUUAAGUAGAUAUGACAGUGAAAAGACUGAGAAUGGAGCUAGAAGUAUCUUAUUACUGCAUUCUUAUUAUCCUAUUGGUGUGGAAGCCAAGUCACUAUAUUUAAAGCAGAGGUUCAUAGGUUCUUGAUUAGUCAGGGUUGCAGGGAGAAAGUAGGAAAAUGACAUCAGAAAGGAUAAUAAAUUAGCCAUGAUGGUAUGGUAGAACAGGCUUGAUGGGCCGAAUGGUCACAUUCUGCUCUGAUGUCUAUGGUCUUAUGGUCUUAUAAAGUCUGCUGAAGUUGCUUAAUUGAGGUAAUGUAGAUUUUCGAUAACAGUUUUACCUUACUCUAAUUUUAAUGAGUUUAAGGAAAAUCAAUCAGAACCAGUGAAAAUGUUUGAUUCUGUGGAACAGAUAAACGUAGGUUGACUUAGUGUCCAAGCAGUUGAAAAACUAUGGAUAAGUAUUUUUACAUGAUUUACCUUUUUGUAAAUAUGCAUGAGGAAAUGUGCUGAAGCCCGUUCCUGUACCAUAUUACAUAAUAUCCUCUAUCACCAUUCAAAAUAACUUCUAAACAUGAAUUAUGCUGCUUGCCCAAGUUAAGAAACCAGAGAGUGUUGUCUUUACCUUCCCUGAAGGCCUGACUGUCAACAGAUAACUAUCUAGUGUGGCAUGUCACAUUGAAAGUGAAGUCCAUCCAUGGUGUUUCUUGUCAUAGUUGAAAUGCUGAUGGUGUGUAAUAAUUGGCAGUACUAACUGUGCAAUCCCUUUAGGAUGUUCUGGUGUUCGGUUUCAAGACCUUUAAAUGUCACUUCAACAUUGACCCUCAUAGUAAUGUGCCCUUUAUAUCUUCAUGCAAGAUAGAAUUUGCAAAUGUACACAUUUUCAGAGGCAUGUGAGCCUUUACUUUUUUGUGAAUGAGCCAAGCUUUUUACAGUUGUAUGAUUGUUCUAAAUAAAAUCUCUGAUAUUUGUAUGUGAAAUAGUGAUGUUUGCAACCAAAUAUAUCCCCCCCCCCCACGAUGAACUAAGACAACGUUCUACACUGAUUAAAGGAUUUCAUUCCAAAACAUGACUUUGAAUUCAGUGGGAAAGAGAAAGACCACUGUUCUGCAGA